UGCAGCAAAGAAGAUGAGUGCAGUUGCACGAUAUUUCCACUCUAGGGCAGUUACCCUUGGCCUCUGUACCAGAAACAACACAAGGCAUUUCAGCACAAGCCUCCCACUGUGUGAACUGAGACAUAUGUCACGGGUCAAUGUAGUGGACAACAGUGACUUAGGCAAAAAUGCCAAGACCUCUGGCAAACCAGCUCGUAUAGUUCAUGUUUAUAAUAAACAAGGAGUUGCACGUAUUGGAGAUAAAGUUUUACUGGCACUUGAAAAGCAGAAGGUUAAAGGAAUAAUUGUAGGUUGUAAACAGAAGCAGAAGCAUAUGAUUCCAAAGUUUGACAGUAACAAUGUUGUGUUGAUAGAUGAAGAGGACACUCCCAUGGGCUCAAGAAUAAAUGUACCUAUACCAUCAGUGCUACGCAAGAAGGAAGAGCUUGCCAAGAUAUUAGCUAUAUCUUCUAGAUUUGUAUGACACUAGAUCCCAAAGAGAAAACCUGUCAAUAAUUAUUUUAUAGCACCCAAGUGUGUCGAUUGUCAUUACUAGUACUAAGAAUCAGGAGUCAGAACACUGCUUACACUUUUCUCAUUUGGUGUAAUACAAUUAUGAAUGUCGAACUUGUUUAAAGAAUUUGGGAAAAGUGGUUAUACACAUGACAUACUCCUUUUUAGCUACAUGUGAAGCAAGCAUGGAUUCCCUAUAACGCAUACAAACCGCCUCUACCAGUUUCUUAUACCACUGUUAUUCAAAUAAAGUCAACAUA